GCCCAAAUUAUUCUCUAUAAUCGUCAAAGCUUGAAAAUAUCUCGACUUAACACCACAGUUUAUCAUGUUUAUAUCUUUCUUCCAGAAUGCCACACCACAAUUCCAGAUGAUGGAAACCUUUACAACUUUACUAUUGACCAAAUGGCUGACUUUUUCAAACAGCAAAAUAUUGAGGACUCAGUUAUCCAACAAAUGAAAGCAGCUCAUCUUGAUGGAAAAGCUUUUUCCAAACUAUCUGACAACCAAUUAAAGAGAUAUGGACUUGACAAACAAGGCACACAUAUGCAACUUUUCAGAAAUCUUUCAAGAAAAAAGACACACUUUUUCUCAAAAUUUCUAACUUUUUCAAAGAAAUAAUGAGGUGACUUCAGAAUUAAAGAGCCCAUUUCAAUUUUCCUGUAAGAAGUAUCUGAUGUCUGAAUGCUAUUGCUUUUUAUGCUUAACAAAAAACAAGGCAUUAACAUGACAAUAUGUCACUACCUGGA